AUGAGUGCAGGACUCCAGACCAUGGGAAAGAGCGUCAUGCGUGUCGCAAAGAACUCGAUCAAGGGGUAUUCAGACACGCAGACCAAGGUGCGGGAUGCGACCAGCAACGACCCGUGGGGGCCUAGCGGGACUCAGAUGGCCGAACUCGCCCAACUCACCUACAACCAGCAAGACUUUGUCGAGAUCAUCGAGAUGCUCGACAAGCGCCUCAACGACAAGGGCAAGAACUGGCGCCACGUCUUCAAGUCGCUCACCGUGCUCGACUACAUCCUCCAUGCGGGCAGCGAGAAUGUCGUGCAGUACUUCCGCGAGAACUUGUACGUCGUCAAGACGCUCAAGGAGUUCCAGUACAUCGACGAGUACGGCAAAGAUCAGGGCGCGAACGUCCGCCAAAAAGCCAAAGACAUCACCAACCUCCUCCUCGACGAGAACCGCAUGCGCUCUCAGCGCGCCUCGCGCAAAGACAUGCGCAACCGAAUGGCCGGCCGUCGGACCUCUCCCUCUCGCAACGAGCGGCCUUCGCGCGCUACGCCUCCCCCCGGCGGAGCAGGAGGAGACGCUGAUUUGCAAGCUGCGAUUGAGGCGAGUAAGAGGAGUGCGGAGGAGGAGGCGAGGAGGAAGAGGGGCGGAAAGGGGGAGGAUGAGCUGGAGGAGGCGCUGAGGUUGAGCAGGGAGGAGGAGGAGAGGAGGCAGAGGGAGUUGGCGGCGAAUGGUGGCGGGAACUUGUUCGAUGAGCAGCAGAGGAAUGCCAACGCGCUGAUCGACAUGGACGCGCCGACGGUCCAGCAGCCGAUGCAGACGGGGUGGAUGAGCUUCAACCCGUAUCAGGCGCAGCAGCAGGCGCAGAUGGAGGAGUACAUGCGCCAGCAGCAGCUGCUCGAGUUGCAGCGUCAGCAAGAGCAGCAACAGAUGAUGUACCAGCAGCAGCAGGCGGCGAUGCAGCAGCAGUACCAGCAGCAGCAGGCGUACGAGGACUACAUGCGGCAACAGCAGAUGCUGUACAUGCAGCAGCAGGCUCAGCAGCCCCAGCAACAGGCGAUCCAGCCGCAACCGACCGGCUUCGGCGCCAACAACCCCUUCGCGGCGUUCGCGUCUCCUCCGCCCGCCUCGUCCCCGGCGCCGCCACAAUCCCAGGCUUCGACCUCGUCUGCGUUCGGCGACUCGUUCCAGCCCGAACCAGCCGCUCCUUCGCCCGCUCCGCAGCCUCAACAGCCUCAGCGAACGGGAGGCGGGCGGUUCAAAGCGACGGGCGACGACAAGCACGCGGACCUCGCGCGGAUGCUCGGCGCAGGUCGCGAAGACGGCCUCGACACGUUUGGCAACAUCGGGAGCGCGCGAGUGCCGGUUUGGCAGCAGAAGACGGGGCAGCAGGUCGCGAAUGGCCAGGGACCGCUCGCGCCGCAGACGACGGGGUUGGCCAAGCCGCUCAAUCCGUUUGGCAACGUCACGGGAAACUACCAGGCGCCGACGCAGUUCAACCAGCCGACUGGGUUCCAGCAACAGCAGCAAAAGCAGGAUAACGAGCAACCCUUCUUCACCAUCUGA